AAAUGCAGCACGCAGUGUUGGGAAAACAGAAAGGGGAAAAGCAGGAAAAGAAGAAGCAGAGCAACACCUCCACUCCACACUCCUCCACUCUCCCCCUCUUCCCUUUCUUGGAUCGUAAGAAACCCUGCGGGAAUUCCGCGGUUGCGGGGAACAUUUUGAUCCGGGCUGCUUCAAGGGACGGAGGGCGCAUGGUGUCGGCCAUGGAUCCAGGCGUGCGCCGGAGAACGGAGAGGCAUCAGCAAUGGAGGCGCCCGUGCCCUUCUUCUUCUUCUAGUCCUAGACUCGUCUCCUCCCAGUAAUCGACGAAGUUCGUCGUGCUGGUGGUGGGUGCUCUCAGAAUUCCGGUGAAUCUUUUAGCCAUGAAGCGUCCCAGCGGCGGCGGCAGCCCCUCCUCCCUCCUCCAGAUGCCCAAUCCGAACGAUAUGGACUACGCCAUGGAGGCGGAGGCGGACGCGGAGGAGGAGAUGACGGCGUACCGGGGGGAGAAGAAGCGGCGGCUGAGCGCGGAGCAGGUGCGCGCCCUGGAGCGCAGCUUCGAGGUGGAGAACAAGCUGGAGCCGGAGCGCAAGGCCCGGCUGGCGCGCGACCUCGGCCUGCAGCCGCGCCAGGUCGCCGUGUGGUUCCAGAACCGCCGCGCGCGCUGGAAGACCAAGCAGCUGGAGCGCGACUACAACGCGCUGCGCGGCUCCUACGACGCGCUGCGCCUCGACCACGACGCGCUCCGCCGCGACAAGGAGGCGCUCCUCGCCGAGAUCAAGGAUCUGAAGGGGAAGCUGGGGGACGAGGACGCGGCGGCGAGCUUCACGUCGGUGAAGGAGGAGCCGGCGGCGUCGGACGGCCCGCCGCCGGCUGGCGUGGGGUCGUCCGACAGCGACUCGAGCGGGGUGCUGAACGACACGGACGCGACCGGCGCCACGCCGGCGCCUCCGGAGGCUCCUGCUCCGGAUGCGGUGACCACCCUCCUCGGCGGGCCCGGCGCGGCGGCGGUGGCGGGGCACGCGUUCUUCCACGGGAGCUUCCCGAAGCUGGAGGAGGACGAGACGGGGUUCCUGGACGACGAGGGCCCGUGCGGCGGGUUCUUCGACGACGAGCCGCCGCUGGCGUGGUGGACCGAGCCCGCGGAGCCCUGGAAAUGAGCCCUGGUAGAGACGGACACCUUGCGCGCGGGGGAAUAAAAGAUUAGUGAAGCAACCAGGCGCUUUUCUGCAAAUUUUGUAAAUCUUAUUUUUAACUAGUCCUCUUUUUUUUCUCUGGUCAA